UAGCUCUGAAUACAAGAAGCAAACUGCAAACAGAGGUCAAAACACCAAUUAGAUCGAACACAAUGUCGAUAGCAGUCUCUCUAUUUACUUUCCUCCUUAUCUCUGGGUGCUUAUCAGCGCUGUCAGAGAACAGGAACAAUCCAAGCUAUGCUUUCAUGGAAAUCACCAGAAGAAGGGUAGAAGAAAGGCUGCAGGGAUCUUCUCACCUUGAUUACCCUUACUCUGUCAAUGGGAGGGAUAAGGUUGCUACUACAAUGGAGCCUACAAGCAUCCAAGGUUUGACAGACUCUGGUCACUUUAAUGUCACAGAAAGGAAUAGGAUAGAAUUAGAGUUUGAUUUCCAGCCACAAAAUUUAGAUCAAGUAAAAUUCUUUAAAGCCGCACAUCUCUGGCUUUUUCCGACAGCCAGAAAUGACACGAAAGAUCAUGCAAAAACUCUAGAAAUCGGUCUCCUUGUUGCCAUUACCACCCCAUCUAUGAAAGGUGAGAAGAGGAAAAGGUUUAGUCUACUCUGGGACAAAGAAACCCAGUCUUGCCUUAGUAUAGAUGUCACUAUUCCAUUGCACAAGCUCAUAAAGCAGUUGCAAUUGAGAAACGAAAUGACUGGGAAGAUGAUAGUUGAAGUGAUUCAUAUCAAAAAACGCUCACGGACAGAAGAAGGAGGAUGGACGUCAGACAUCCUGGAAGUCUGCAAAGAGCUGUCUGGGAUAGAAAAUUCAACAAGAAUCCCAUUUCUUGUAAUUGAUUUUACCGCAGAGGAAAUUGCUAGCGGACGACGCCCACGCACCCCGAGCCAGCCUGAAUCCCGCGUGAUAACCCGGGAACUCUCCUCUGUAGACAUGCAGCAAAUGUACAGGGAAGCUCGAGGCAUUUCUACAAACAAAAACGACACUGCGGAAGAGAAACCGUCCGAAUGCCCUGUUCAUGAUCUUGAGGUCAGCUUGUCUUCCAUACUGAAUAUAGGAACAGUCCCAGAUGUGAUCAACAUAGGAGAAUGCAGAGGUAGCUGCAGUUUAUCGUACAACUCUCACUCUAACUUGAAGACGUAUUACAGGUACAUGACUGAAAAGGUACCAGCAGCAAACAAUUGCUGCAUACCCAGAACCUUUGAUUCAGUUACAUUUUUGAGCUUUUACAGCAGCAACUCAACAGAGGAAUUCAAAAGUAUCAUUGCCGAAAUUGAGGUUCUUCCUGACGCUAUUAUUCGAUCCUGCAUGUGCUUCAACAUUCAGCCAACUACUUCAGACUAAAGCAUAAUUUUGUAUUAAAUUUACACAAUUUUUGAACAUUAUUAUUAUUACUAAAAUAAUAGCUGUAUACAUGUAGUCUUUCAUUUGAUGUAAAAUGUUUUUUUUUCCUGCAUUGCAGGUACUAAUAAAGUGCUGUGUAAUAUAA